CACACACACACGCGCACGCUACAGAGACAGGUCAGACUCAUUGUGGAUGUGGAUCUCGCAACCUCCGGUCCGUUACGCGUUUAUUUCCUUCCGUGUAAAAAUGAAAACGGGGAAGUAGACGCGCAGAAUCGGUGCUCCUCGCGCGCGCGGACCUGACGCGACUAUACAUAUUUAUAUAUAUUCACACACACACACACACGCGCGCGCGCACUGUGUGUAUAUUACCCCGUGCGUGUGUUAUAUCAUAGGUUUUAUUCUUCUUUUCCUCUGUGAUUUGGUGACUGACUGACUGCUCCAGCCGUGAUGGAGUACUGGCGGCAGUGCGCGCUCUGGCUGAUCCGGUGUCGCGUGCUCCCUCAAUCGCACCGGGUCACCUGGGAAACGGCGCGCGCCUUCGACCUGGCGCAGAGUCUCCGGGACGGUGUGCUGCUGUGUCAGCUCCUCAACAACCUCCAUCCUCACACCAUCAACCUGAAGGAGAUCAACCUCAGGCCCCAGAUGUCCCAGUUCCUGUGCCUGAAGAACAUCAGAACGUUCCUGAGCGCGUGCUGCGAGGUGUUUGCUAUGAAGAAGAGCGAGCUGUUCGAGGCUUUCGACCUGUUCGACGUGCGUGACUUCGGCAAGGUGAUCGACACACUGUCCAAACUGUCCAACACAACAAUCGCACUACAGACUGGAAUACGGCCGUUUCCGACAGAAGAAAGUGUGGAAGACGAGGACAUCUACAAUCAUCUCGAAGACCUCAUAGAUGAGAAUGGCGUGGAUGAUGAAGAGGACCUGUAUGACUGUGUGUAUGAUGAUGAUGGUGGUGGUGAAGUUUACGAAGACCUGAUGAAGAUGGAAGCUGGAGCUCCACCGAAACAGGCAGAGACGGACAUCAGGAGCUGCUGCUUGGCUGAGAUCAGACAGACGGAGGAGAAGUACACCGAGACACUGGAGUCUAUUGAGAAAUUCUUCCUCAGGCCGCUGGAGCAGUUUCUCACAUCGUCCGAGAUCAACAAGGUGUUCAUCAACAUUCCUGAUCUAGUGAAAGUGCACAAGACUCUGCUGCAGGAUGUGCAGAACUCCGUCAAUCACCACAAUGCCAGUAACCUCUACCAAAUCUUCAUCGAUUACAAGGAGAGGUUACUGAUCUAUGGGAAGUACUGUAGCCACGUAGAGACGGCCAUCGCGUAUCUGGAUGAACUCUGUAAAGAAAAAGAGGACGUGAGACAAAAACUAGAGGUCUGUUCCAAAAGGGCGAAUAACGGGAAGUUUACACUGAGAGAUCUCCUCGUCGUGCCAAUGCAAAGGGUUUUGAAGUAUCAUCUGCUUCUCCAGGAAUUAGUGAAACACACGAAUGAUGCUGUGGAGAAGAGCAACCUGCGCAGCGCUCUCGAUGCCAUGAAGGAUUUGGCGCAGUAUGUGAACGAGGUGAAGAGAGACAACGAGACGCUGAGGGAAAUCGACCAGUAUCAGAAGUCCAUUGAGAACCUUAAUCAGGCUCUGUUGAAUUACGGGAGGCCUAAAGGGGACGGCGAGGUUCGAGUCUUAACGGUGGACAAACGAGCCAAACAGGACAGGCACAUCUUCCUGUUCGACGCUGCCGUGAUCGUGUGUAAGAGGCGAGGAGACGUGUACGAGAUGAAGGAGGUGAUCGACCUCCACAGCUUCAAAAUCACCAACAACCCCACCUCAGACAAGGAGAACCGCAAGUGGUCGUAUGGGUUUUACCUCACACACAAUCAGGGACGGAGCGGCUUCGAGUUCUUCUUCAAGACCAAAGAACUGAAGAAGAAGUGGCUCGAGCAGUUCGGCAUGGCCAUCUCCAACAUUCGCCCGGAGAACGGCACCAGCAACCAGCACGAGUUCCGCAUGCACACGUUCGAGAGGAUCACGGCCUGCAGCUCCUGCAAGAUGUUGCUGAGAGGGAUCUUUAAUCAGGGUUAUCUGUGCUCUAAAUGCGGAGAAGGAGCUCAUAAGGAAUGUUUGGCCAGAGUGCUAAUGUGCGGAAAAGGCAGCGGAUCCGAUAUGGUAUCCUCUCGAACACAGGACCAAUCACACUGUCCAAGAGCAGAUCCAGGUUUGCCAAAAAUGUUGGCUAUAAGGAAUUACCAUGGAGAUCCGGUCCCGCAGUGUGGCCCCGCCCUGAACAUCCAGCAUGGUGACAUCAUCGAGCUGAUCCGUGCAGACUUGCACAGCUCCUGGUGGCAGGGCAAAGUCUUGACAACGAGAGAGGUUGGAUUCUUUCCAAGCGACGCUGUGAAGCCUUGCCCCUGUGCAAGACCUAUUGAUUACUCUUCUCAGGCCUGGUUUGCAGGUGGCAUGCUGCGAGUGCAGGCAGAGGCGACGCUCCUGAACAGGCAGAACAGCACGUACCUGGUGAGGCAUCGAGGGCACGACAGCAACGAGUACGCCAUCAGCAUCAAGUUUAACAACGAUGUGAAACACAUCAAGAUCUUAACCAGAGACGGCUACUUCCAGAUCGCAGAGAACAGGAGGUUCAGGAGCAUCAUGGAGCUGAUUGAGUACUAUAAGCAUCACUCCCUAAAGGAGGGCUUCAGGACACUCGAUACAACACUGCAGUUUGCCUACAGAGAGCCAGAGAACGGAGGUAGCAUGUUGACUCCGAAGGUGAUUGGUGUGGCCAUCGCUCGGUACGAUUUCAGUUCUCGGGACAUGAGGGAGCUGUCGCUGCAGGAAGGGGACAUAGUGAGGAUCUACAGCAAGUCCACAACUAACGGCUGGUGGAGGGGCGAGGUCAACGGCCGGGUGGGCUGGUUUCCCUCCACAUACGUAGAAGAAGGAGAGGAGUGAAAAACAGACCAACAGAAGGAAGUAAAAAGGACAUUUUUAUGUUUACAUGCUGAACUGGACUGAACCAUGAACUCGUCCUGUUUUAACACAAGUCUGAAAGGCGUCUCGAAGUGUCUCAGCAGGGACACUCAGCACUUACCCAGAAUCCUCUGCUGUCAGCAAAGCAGUCACCAGUGAAGGUGUUUGUGUGUGUGUGUGUGUUUGUGUGUGUGUGUGAUUGUGAAUGUGUGUGUUACUGUGAAUGAUGGGAGGAAGUAAGAACCCCCACAGGCAUGUAUGUGACUGUGUGUGUGUGUGUGUGUGUGUGUGUGUGUAUGUAUCUUUGACAUUGUCACUAAUCAGCUGGAUUUAUUGUGUGGAUGUUUGUGUUUUCUUGUCCUCCGUUGUAGCUGCUUAUCUUGUAAGGACAUGUUUAUCUGAUUUGAGAGACAGAGAGCGAGCUGACAGAUCCACACACACAUACACACACACACACACACACACUGUGACUCUCACCUCUAGAUAGUGCAUCCGCUGCAUUUUUAAUCCAGUAUCCCGAUAGUAAAUGAUUGACAGCCCACACUCCCUGCUCUUAUCUGACCCACUUUCCAGCCACCAGAACCUCCAGCCAGUCCAUUUCAGCCCAAAACUGAAAUACAGCUUUCGAAUAAAUUAAUAUCUUUUUUCGGCAUCAGUUUUCACAGUCAUGUUACAGACGAGAUUAAGAACGCGAAGGAUCAUAAAAGGAGUUUUGCAGAUAUUUUUUGCGCGUAAAACAACAAAGCGGUCUCAUUUGUUCAGUAAUUUGAUCACAGUUUUGCGUCUCAGAGCAUGGCUGUAGUGUGGAGUUGAUGCCACUAGAUGGCAGCAGCAUUAAUGGAUUAAUAAAUUGUCUCGCAUUCCACGAUCACAUCACUAUCCAGUACCAGCCUUUAAAGACGCUUCCUCUUUUUAGUUUCUCCCAGUAGCCUUGUACGCUAAAUCCUCAUUCUGCUACAAUACAGACCUCAGGCUUUAACCUCCUGCCGAGCAGGUAGAGACUUUACAGCUCAGCUCCGCUCUCUGUCUACAUGGACCACCAGUGUGAAAGGAGAGUCUAAUCUAAAGAGUAGAUCACACAUUCCAGAACAUUCCAGAACACCAAUUUAACAACCUUCUAGAACCUUCUAGGACACUGACCCAUAGGACAAUCCAGAACACAUCCAAUUUAACAACCUCUUAAACCAACCAAUCUGGAACAUCCCAGAUAACCAACCCAUUCUAGAACCUCUACAAUACAGUCUCAUUCUGGAACAUCCCAGAUAACCAACCCAUUCUAGAACCUCUACAAUACAGACUCAUUCUGGAACAUCCCAGAUAACCAACCCAUUCUAGAACCUCUACAAUACAGACUCAUUCUGGAACAUCCCAGAUAACCAACCCAUUCUAGAACCUCUAUAAUAUAAACUCAUGCUAGAACAUCUCAGAACACCAAAUGCAUUCUAGAACAUUAUAGAACACCAAACCCAUCCUGAAAUAUACCUACUAACCAAGAUAUUCUAGAAGGGUCAAGAACAUUCUAGAAUCCUAAAACAUUAAAUUGAUCUUUAAUAUACCAGAACGCCAACCCAUGCUAGAACCUCUAUAACACAGACUCAUUCUAGAACUGUUGGGAUACCCAACUCAUUCUAGAUCAUUCAUGAACAGCGAUCUGUUCUAAACCAUUUAUCCUAAAACCUUCCAAAACACCUACUAGAUCUUAGACAAUCCAGCACACUGACCCAUCUUACAACAUUUUAAAACAAAACGUUUUAAACUCGUUCCAGAACAUGCUACAACACCAAACCUAUUCUAUAAUACAGUAGAGCGCUGAACCCAUUCCAACCACCAACUUAACAACAGCCUUGUAGAAGCUUCUAGAGCACUGACCUGACGGCUAUUCCAGAACAUAUCCCAUUUCUGAACCUCUAUAAACUCUUACUCAUCCUGGAACGUCCCAUAUAACCAACCCAUUCCCAGAUAACCAACCCAUUCCCAGAUAACCAACCCAUUCGCAGAUAACCAAACCCAGUCCCAGAUAACCAACCCAUUCCCAUAUAACCAACCCAUUCCCAGAUAACCAACCCAUUCCCAUAUAACCAACCCAUUCCCAGAUAACCAACCCAUUCCCAGAUAACCAACCCAUUCGCAGAUAACCAACCCUUUCUAAAGAAUUCAAAAACAUCAAUCCAUUCUUAAGUAAAAUGAAAUAUCCUAAAAUCCUGUUCCAUCCCAAAACAAUCCUAAUCACUGACUUGAUCGUAAUCAUUCCAGCACACUGAACCAUUCCUACAACAUUCCAGACCAUGCCAGAACUCCAAAUCCAAACUCUUUCUCUUUCUCCUCCUGUGGUUAAAAAACUGUGUUACUUCAUCUGCCAUCACCUCGAUAUCCCCGAGAGCUGAGAGUUUAAUUAACAGAAACAGGAGAAUGCAUCCUGAUUGGUUAAUCCUGUUUCUCACUCACACAGCCAAUAACAUAAGCUAAAACAUGUGUUCGUUAAAUACAAAGGAAUCAUAAUGAUGCAUUCGUUGUCCUUUUAUAAACAUCAUUAUAGCACACAAAUGUUAUUUGACACAUAUAUAAUAAUCUGCGCUGUAUGUUUGUUACGCUAGCCAUCCAUUUGGACUGUCCUUCUCUCCUCAGCUACGCUUCUGAUGAACUGUGAUAAGAGUUAUCUCACAUCUACCCACAAUUCCAUGCUUCUAUAUGUCAGUGUGUCAUUUCAGACAUGUCAGUGCAUGGAUCUUUUUUCACUCUUUCUCUCUGUACUUGUGUGACCUUCCCACUGUGUGAUGAUGGUUAGCAGAGACUGAAGAAAUCCUCCCACGAGUCAAUAACACACUUUUGUGUGGAACGGUUGAAUAGAUAAACGUUAUGUAGUCUUUCCCGUGUUCAAUGCCGCAUGUUUUUUUUUUUCCUUGUGUAAUUGUACAUUUGUAAUCUUUCGACCAACCUGUUAGAGCCACUAACAGCACCAGAAAGCUGUAUAUGUCUAUAAAGGACCGUCAAUAUUCCAUUGGUACUCUUGCGUCUGUUGUUCACUGAAGCCAAAGAUCUGUGUGUGUGUGUGUGUGUGUGUAUGCAUUUGUGUAUAUGUGAGCCACAGUGGCCUGUGCAAUCCCGAAAUACUGCUGUGUAAUACUGUACAUAUGUAGAUAAUGCACAAUAAAAUUAUAUUGCUUGUUUUUAA